AUUGACCUCAGUGGAACAGCAGUGAUGGAGGACAGCAUCAGCAGCUAGCAUGUCUCCUUCUUUGCAGACUCAUGUUGUGUAGUUGGUGUGUGAGGAUGUGUAGGAGGUUCAGGUACACACAGACACACACCCACACACAGUCUGCUGUCCGCUACCAGCCCAUGUUACCAGACGGGUCAGAUGAGAGUUGAGGUAUGUAGCUGUAGUCCUGCUCUCAUCAGCAGCUCAGUCCUGUGUUAACACAACAAACACACACACACAUCUACUCACACGAGCAGCAGCAGGACCGACCCAGACUCCAUGGCGGCCCCUCCUCGCUUCCCCGGCGGGAAGAGUGUGGACGUUUCCCCGGCUAACUGGAGCGGCCCGGCAGCCCUGGGCAGGCCGAUGUGUGUCAACGGGACCCCGUGGAUCCUCUACCUGCUGGAGGAGUGUGUGGACAAUGUGUGGGAGUACUGCAGCGUGGUGAUAGGACUCGUAUCCAUGUUCUGCUUCCUGCUGUCCACUCUACCGCAGGUCUACGAGGCCCAUCGUAAUGGUAAAGUGGAGGAGGCCAUGUCUUUUGGCUUCCUCUUCUUCCUCUUCAGUGGAGACGUGACCAGCUUUGCAGGCUGUUACCUCACCAGCCAGCUGCCUAUUCAGACUGUUACAGUGGUGUUCUACAUCUUCACAGACGUGAUCCUCAUCUCCCAGUUCCUGUACUAUAAGAUUAAGAACAGCUCCAGCAGAAAGAGCCCUGGGCUGAAGUGGCUGUGCUCCAUGUGGUGUGUUGCUGCUACAUUAGUCCUCCUGGCUUUACCCAAGCUCAUCAUUGACAAUAGUGCCAAUUUAGAUCCCCAGAGUCCAGCUGCCUCUAAAUCGGUAGAAAUCACUGGCUACAUAUGUGGGUACCUGGCGUCGGUCUUCUACCUCUGCUCCCGUUUACCCCAGCUCUAUAAAAACUUCCGGCGACAGUCCACGGAGGGGACCUCUUACCUGUUGUUCGCCCUGGCCAUGAUGGGCAAUGGGACAUACGGGUUGAGCGUCAUCGUGGUGCUACCUGCUCUGAAGGGCUCCAAACAGACGUUCAUCAUUAAACAUCUGGCCUGGCUCAUUGGCAGCCUGGGAGUCCUCCUACUGGACUUCUUUGUAACUGCCCAGUUCAUCAUGUACAGAAAAAACCACCCUGCUAAAAGCAAAACACUGCUCAGCGUUCCAGAGGUGGAGCCUCUUCUGUGUGAGGAGGAGGAGCUGUCAGUGUUAUAGGAAACAACACGGACACCGACUUAGUCAAGAAGAGACCGGUUAGUCUGUGUUUUGGAUCAUUCUUUUGAGGUCUGUCUGAUCAUUGACUUAGUCAUGAUAAACAGAGAAAACAUGUGUUGCAGAUGCAUUUUGAAAAUGAGGAACCGGUGGAGCCAGCAGAUGAUUCCACUGCAUCUUUUCUGUUGAAUUAUCUGCUGUUUAUAGGACACACACAAUAAUCAUCUCUUCUGUGAUUCAUUGUAGUAAUAAGUUAUUAUUAAUAAUUAAUAAUCAGGUCACAGUUUGUUUUUCUCCUCACUGGAGGUCAAGUUUAACAAAGUACCACUUUAUUAACAUUUAUGUUAACAAUGUGUUAGCAUCAAUUGAAUCUUUAUCUGACUAUGUACACAUUAUUAUUAUUAUUAUUAUUAUUAUUAUUAUUAUUAUUAUUAUUAUUAUUAUACCUCUGGGACUUCUUCUCUGGAACUUCUUGUUUCGUUGGAAUAACUUUAUUUUUAUUUGCCACUAGGGAGCAAACACACCCACAGGAGGAAGCUUCUAGUCAGAUGUCUUUAAACAGAUGCAAGCUUUAUGGAAGAACAAAGUGCCUGUUCACAUUUUGACAAGGUAUAUACAACUGUAGCAGAUUAUACAAGGUUUUUUUUCUCAGAUGGUGGACAAAUCGUUUGUUUGCUCACGGUUUUCUUUUCUGCAUGGUUAGCUGUGGCUGACGGGAAGUUGUCAUUAUCAAAAUAUUAGCUCACUAGACUUAUGUUUUCAGUUCAUUAGAAUUAGACAGGAUAUAGAUGUGUAUAGGUUUCAAAGGGAUCAUCUCUGCUUUCCUUAAGAAAGACUUGGUGCCUUUUAUAAGCUGAUUAUAGUCUUAUAAUAUAAAUGCACUGUAUAUCUAUUUGUGUGCGUGUGUAGCCAGUAGCAUUAACAGUGUUAAGUUUCCUCUUAAUGGCGUUUUCUAAGACAUUACUAUUCAACAAUGAUAGAUCUAGAAAUAGGAACCUUAUUAUGAUUUUAUGGAGAUACUUUUAAAAGUGACAAACCUCAAAAUGUUUGUACUCAGUCAUGAGGUUUAAACAGAAGCGGCUCAUGUCAAGUCUGACUUUCCUUCUUUUUUUAACACCCCUCCAAUGUUAAGUUCAAUAAAGAGUAAUACUUGACGAAUAGAUGAUGACAUUAAAGGCGAGAAAUAACAAACGAUAAGUUCAAUUAGAGAUAAUAUGGAUUUAGAUAAUUAACUAAACUAAUGUCUGUUCAAUGUUGUACUAAAUCUUGUGACGCAGUGUGUGAGAAGCGGUGUCACAGUUUGAGCAACUAUUGAACUAACUGUACCUGAGAUCUGCAGAUUCCUCUACCUCAUUAUUCUAUGGACAGGUUUAUUACUCCCAUCGUUUCAUUGUGAGCUGGCCUGAAAUCUGGCCACUAUGCUUAGAAAAUUGAUUUAGCGUUAAAUUAGACAAUUCUAAUUUAUUCAACAACAUCAACACUGCUGUUUCAGUUUUGAAAUAUACGUUCCUCGGUGUCACCAAAUAAACCUGAGCAACAUGAUUGACCUUUUUUUUUUGUCUCAAACGGAGAUGCAAUAAUGUGAAUUUAUGUAAAUUCAACAAGACUUUGUUUACUAAUUAAUCUGUUUCCGUAGUAAAUCUAGUUUUUGCUAACUAUUUUUGUAUUGCACAAUUUAUACUUCAAAACCUUCUGAAUGAGUCUGAUGUACUUUUUCAAUCCAGAACAAAUUAUUUGCUAUUUAUUGAAUAUACUGCCACUAUAAACUAUGCUGUAUUUAUAAUACUGUAGUUUUUUACUUAAAUGGUGAUGUAUUGAUGUAUUUAUUUUCUUAUAACAUGUUCUUACAGAUGUUCACAUCAACAAAUACAUUGUAUUGCAUUCUGAGCUCUGUGACAAUGUCUUCUAAAUCUGAACAACACAAGCAUUUACUGUAUGUAGCCUAUAUGGAACAAAAGUUGAAUAUGAUAUCUGACUGUUGAUUUUGUUUGAAGAUAAAGAGAACACACACACAAAAAAGCAAGUAUCAUCUGCUCAUUUGAACACAUGUUCAAGUUUUUUUCAGUGAUGACAGAUUGUUCUUUUACACUUUCCACAAACAUUAACCUACACUGAACAUGUUAGUUUAUUUAGUUAAUGCAUCCCAAAUUAUUACUCUAAUGGUUAAAAUAUUUGUCCUAAAGGGAAAAGUCAUGACUUCAGUUUGAAUUGUUUGUCUGCUUACGAUUAAGGUUAUUUAUUUUAAAGGGACAAAUCACAUUAUGUGAAAAUGUGCCAUAUUUAGCCACCUAGGCUACUUUUCAUCUGCAGUCCCUCGCAGAUUGAUAAUAAAACAAUACACAUAAACAAGUAUAUAAAAACACAAAAUCACAAGCCACAGGACCAAAUAGAGUCACGGUUUGUAGUGAUCAGAGGAUGGGGCCACAGUUUCAAGGUCCUGUCAAGACACAAUAACUAAGUAAAAGGCUCCUCACAUCUUGUAUUACAUGUGAAAUACUCCUGUAGUAAUUUAGUGGUUAUGAUUACCCACAGCUCUUUGUGGAAAUGUUAGUUUAUAAGGAUACAAUCAAUUUUAUGUAGAAUUUGGAUGCAAACCUUUCUGAAAGUGUCAGAUUAUUCUAGUAAAAAUAUUACAUCCAUACUUGGCAGUACCCCUUCCUUAAAGUAUAUAUGCAUAACCUUGUCAACUUUUUUAUGUCACUGAAAUGUAUUGGUUAAAUAAACAAAAGUUAAAAAAUGCGUAAAUCCA